CACCCUCUUGGUCUCUCCCUCUCUCCUGGUUUCCCCAAAAACGAAACCCUAGCGCCGCCGCCCCAGUGGCCGUGGACCCCUGGAGUAGAAAAACAGAGCAGGCGCUGGUGGCCAUGGACCUGUGGAGGAGAGCAGGCGCCGCCGCGCCGGUGUGCGGCGUCGCCGACGUGUGAGCCAACCACUGUCCACUGGUCUGCUCUUGUUUAUUCAAUGGCCACGAAAGGAUCUCAUCCAGCCGAGGCGAGUCAUCUCCGUAUAGGGACGUCUGCUGAACUCCCUCGAUACUCAUCUUUUCCCCCUUCUUCUACCUCCUUCCAUAGCUUUCUCCCCACUAUGUGCCUCAUCGGUGCACUUGAAGAAGCGUCAUUGAGCACCGUUCGGAGAUUCCCCUUGCCAGCAUCAUCGCCUUACCAAGUAGUAAUAACGAGUAAUCCUCUAAGUCUCCUGUAUGGCGGUACCUCUUCGAGCUACGAUUUCGUUAACUGGAGCAAUACUAGGAACCUUGCCAUUCCAUGUUACUAACUAUUAUGUGUAAUGGAAUGAAACUGUUAUGAACUAUAAGUCUAUAAUGGUUAGCUACAUGUAUUUCAAUA